AUGCCGGUCGCUUUCACCGGUCACACCCCCCAGCACCAGCCUGACCUCCAGCCGGUCGCACCUGGCCCAUAUGUGCCUGACCCUCCCCGAGCGUUGCCAUUCCCCGUCGCCGAAAGCUCAUUGUGCCAACAAGCCGUCCAGACACUGGACUUGCUCCCCGGCGUUUCGGCCCAGCUGGUGGGGAGCUCCGGCGAGUCGGACCCAUUCCUGCUGCGUCACUGCAAGUUCGACGACUAUGGCUUUCUGAACUUCCAUCAGGUUCGACUUCGCAAUGCCGGUGGGGUGCCCUGGAACGAAAAGAUCCCUGUCCAUUACCUCGUUACCGACGAUGCUCUCUGUGAGGCUGCGUCGACAAGAGGUGCUCGACAAUACCCAUCCCCACGGCAGGAACUAGACGCUCUCGUUCCUGUGGAGCAUGGGCAGCGCCUUCUGUCCCUGUUCCUCAGUCAUGUGUGGCCAAGUCUACCCAUCGUAUCUACUUUCAUUGCUUCCGAGGAGAUACGGAGCAUCCCAGUUCACCUGAUGGCAGCUCUCUAUGCAUCCGCCCUACCGUUUGCCAAAUUUGACGACUCUCUUUCCAUCGUAUAUGCUUAUCAACCAGCACCGACAUCCCAGCUCUGGCGGUUGACGCUCGACCUCGUGCAAGAAGAGAUGCACAGACCGCAUCUUUCUGUCCUCCAGGCCGGCCUCCUAUACCUACACCGACCAUCCGAGACAUCACAAGAGGCAGCUGUCGCUGACAGCCCGUUCGUCUGGUCAUUCGUCGGAAUGAUGGUCGGUCUCGCCAUGACCCUAGGGCUGCAGCUGGAAUGCCGACCGAUGGGCAUGCCUCUCUGGGAACGACGCCUCCGCCGACGUCUGUGGUGGGCCAUCUACAGCGAAGACAAAUGGCGCGCUUUGCUGGGUGGACGGCCGCCAUACAUCAACGAGUAUGAAUGGGAUGUCACGGACAUUGAUGAGGAUGACUUUGAGGCAGCUCCAUCAGAGCGAUUCAUCCUCGUGGUGAAGCUGGCGCGGAUUGCAGAUGAAAUCCAAAGCUCGUUAUACUCCCUCCGAGCUGCUCAACGACUUUCAUCCAAUUUCGCUCAGUCACUGCAAAUCUCGCGGAUCCUUCUCCGAAAGCUGCAAGAAUGGUUCUCUCUCGUACCGCUGUCCACCGCAGAUGGGAGUAGGAGCCCCGACCUACCGAGCAGCGUCCACUUUGCCUACCUCCUCCUUGAGGUCUUUGUGUUUCGCGCAUUGCUCCGCCCCAUGGUCCCCAACAAGCCCCCACCGCGACUGAUCGAUGAGAGUGAAGAGAUCCCCCUGUUUCCAGACUUCACGGUGGACGACUACCUGGCGCAGAUUAUCGGCGACGAAAGCAUAACUGGAGAGAUCCCGGCGACUACCGUAGCAGCCGACGACAGAUCAAUGCCCAUGGUGCUAAACGCAGCCGAGAACAGCGCAGCAAACAUCCUCCGACUCAUCUCGCGCAUAGAUAUUGCAGAAAUGGGCUCCUUCUGGUAUUCAUGGUGCCGUAUCGGCUUCGCAACCGUAAGCAACUUCAUGCUCCUCCUCCUCGUCCAGGCGCCGUCUGCAGAGCAUGCAAUUCGAGCAAAGAGGUUGGUCUAUGGCUGGCAGCAGGCGCUGCGGAGUCGGAGCCAGGGCUGGAACAUGGUGGAUUUGGGACUUGUACGGCUGAACGGACCGUUGGGAAUGGGAGUGGGCAAUGUCUUUUAUCUUCCGUCGCAUGUUCAGGACGUCUUGGACUCUGUAGGUUAA